AUGUCAGGUUGUGAAAUGUUGAUGUAUAGUACAAAGACCCAGAUGUCCUUGUACAUCAGCAAACAUGAAGAUGCAGUAAGCAGUUCAGACAGCAAAUGGUACACAAGCCUUCAAAUUCGUGAACAAAAUUCCCAGUUCAGUGUUUCAGAAGAGCAAUGGCCCCAUUACAUCGGCUCAAAGUAUCAAAACCGAGGGACCAAGCACAAAGUGUGUCCAACUCUUCAGCUUAGGACAGUAGGAGUCAGUAGAAAACCCAUGGGUCAGCAUGAGAGUUCAGAACAUGCAUCCUGUUCCUCGCUAUUAUUCGAAAAGAAGCAGGUGGGCAAUUGCCAAUAUUCAAAGAUGAUGCCUGGACCAGAGAGUUAUGGCGUGUCUAACUCAGCGGACUCUACAAGCAUGUUUACAACCAGCAGAAUGCAGGAAACCUCAAUCCAGCCCUUCAACAAUUCAGGAACAAACAAAAUCAUCUAUCUGACAAUUACAGAGGAAUCUAAGCUUGCCAGCGUCCUUAGCAGCUCUAACAUUUUAAAAGAUUAUUCGAAGGAUGGACUACAGUGGGCAGCUUUACUAAUUUUACUAGUGAUCAUACCAACUAUUGGUGGGAAUAUUCUUGUUAUCUUGGCAGUUUCUCUCGAGAAGAAACUCCAGAAUGCCACCAACUACUUCCUCAUGUCACUUGCAGCAGCGGAUAUGUUGGUUGGACUUCUGGUGAUGCCCGUCGCUCUUCUAAGUAUUCUGUUCAAUUCUGAGUGGCCAUUACCUUGCGAGAUAUGUCCUAUCUGGAUAUUUUUGGAUGUUCUUUUAUCCACAGCCUCAAUUAUGCAUCUGUGUGCAAUCUCUUUAGACCGUUAUAUUGCUAUUAAAAAACCUAUUCAGCACAGUCGUUUCAACUCCAGGGCUAAAGUUCUCAUUAAGAUCACAGUAGUAUGGAUCAUCUCCAUUGGCAUUGCUAUUCCCAUCCCUAUCAAAGGUCUACAGGAUGAAACAAACACCUUUAUAAACCAAACCUGUUUACUUAACGUUGGAAAAUUUAAAAAUUUCAUGAUCUUUGGGUCACUGACUGCAUUCUUCAUUCCCCUUGCCAUCAUGAUAGUUAUCUAUUUCUUGACCAUUCAAGUGCUGAGAAAGAAAGCAUACCUGGUUAGAGCCAAACCACCUCAACAGUUUAACUGGACUACUGUCUCAACCAUUUUUCAGCAAGACCUUACAUCAACAAAUUCUCCAGAGAAGGUUGCAAUGAUUGAUGGCUCACAGAAGAACAAGACACUUCCCUGCACAAUUCAAAAUAUACCUAUCCGAAGACUCUCCAGCUUGGGUAAAAAGUCCAUGCAGAGCAUCAGCAACGAACAACGAGCAUCCAAGGUUUUAGGAAUAGUGUUCUUCUUAUUUUUGGUGAUGUGGUGCCCGUUUUUUGUAACAAACGUCACUUUUGCCAUCUGCAAGAACUGUGACCAGAAACUCCUUGUAACACUGAUGGAAGUUUUUGUCUGGGUGGGUUAUGUCUCCUCAGGAGUUAACCCACUUGUGUAUACUCUUUUCAACAAGACUUUUCGCAAGGCAUUUAGCCGAUAUAUUACAUGUGAAUAUAUAAGAAAAAAGGAUAUUAAAAUACUUCAGAAGUAUUUCAGCCGGAUGUCUUUUGAAACAUCAAUCAAUGAAAACGCCAAGUUAUUCAAUACAAAAAAUGGAAUCAACCCAACGUAUGCUAGUCCCCUGCGGUUAGGACCUGCCCCUGGCCAAAGAACAAUAAUGCUGGACACUCUAUUCCUUGCUGACAAUGAGACCGACAAAGCUGAAGAGGCAGUAAGCUACAUUUAAAGUUCAAAGAAAGUAAAGGAAACAGCAAGAUAAACCAACUGUUUAGCACUCUGUAUAAAAUGGAGGUUAAUCAGUAUGAAGAUUCAACAUGUAGAGCACAUUACUGCUAAUUAAACCUUUCAAUAAGAGGAUAUACAUUUACAAUUCAUUACUGUGAUCAAUGAAGCAUUUUUCUUCAAUAGCUAACAUGUUUGCUACAUAUCAUAUCAGGCCCAGUAUCAAAAUGAUUAUCUAUGCCCUCAGUGAAUUGGACAUUCACCCACCAAUACAAUC